AUGAAUUUUGAAGAAGCUGAAGACAUCAAUGGUGUUAGAUUCGCUUGGAAUGCUUUCCCCUCGACUAAGGCCGAAGCUGGUAAAAUCGUUGUUCCUAUUGGUGCUUUAUAUACUCCACUUAAGCAAAGAGACGACUUGCCUAUAGCGGCAUAUGACCCGGUAUACUGUUCGAAUCAAUCUUGUAAGUCUAUUUUGAAUCCAUACUGUGCAGUUGAUCCUAACGGGUUUUGGAGAUGUCCGUUAUGUCAAGGUAGAAACGCAUUACCUGCUCAUUAUCACGGUAUAAACUCGGAAAACUUACCCUUGGAGUUACAAAACACAAGCUCUACAGUUGAGUAUAUCACUGCUAGACCCGUUCAAAACCCUCCUAUCUUUGUAUUCGUUAUUGACUUGUGUCAAGACGAAGAAAAUUUGAAAGCGUUGGUCGACGACAUAAUUCUUAGUUUUAACCACUUACCACCAAAUGCUCUUGUUGGAUUGAUCACUUAUGGUACAAUGGUUCAAGUCCACGAUUUGGGGUCAGAAAAAAUAAACAAGAGCUAUAUCUUUAGAGGUGAUAAGGAGUAUUCUGAUAAACAAAUUAGUGAUAUGUUGAAUAGACCAAUUGCGUCUGUUUUGAAUCAGCAACAACAACCGCUACAUCAACAAAUGGCCAAUUCAUUAACCAGGUUCUUUUUGCCUUUGGAAGAUGUUGAAUUUCAAUUGACUUCGCUUUUGGAAAAGUUAAACAGGGACCCUUGGGCUGUAGCUAAUGGCGCAAGACCCUUGAGGUCUACUGGUAGUGCAUUGAAUGUAGCUAUUAGUUUAUUGGGAUUGACAUUCCCUGGAUUCGGUGCAAGAGUCAUGUUAUUCGCUGCAGGACCUGGUACCUUAAACCCGGGUUUGAUUGUAGGUAAUCAGUUGAAAGAGCCAAUUAGGUCUCAUUCUGAUAUUGAUAAAGACAAUGCUAAACACUUCAAAAAGGCCUCGAAAUUCUAUGAUGCAUUAGCUGCUAAAGCAGUCAAGAAUUGCCAUACUGUUGAUAUUUUCGCUGGUUGCUAUGAUCAGAUUGGAUUAUUAGAGAUGAAGAAUUUGUGUAAUCACACAGGAGGUACAAUGUUGCUUUCAGAUGCGUUUACCACAUCUAUCUUUAAAAGAUCAUUUUUGAGGUUGUUUAAUAAGGAUGCAGAAGCAUAUUUACUAAUGGGCUUUAACGGAUCAUUUGAAAUUAGAACUUCAAAGGAAUUGAAAGUGAGUGGAAUGAUUGGUAAUGCUGCUUCUCUUGGAGUCAAGACCUCAAACGUAUCUGAAAACGAGUUAGGUAUUGGUGGUACUUCCCAUUACAGACUUUGCUCAACGUCUCCAAGACAUACUUAUGCCGUUUUCUUCGAUGUUGCUAAUACUCAACAAUUGCCACCAACGGCACAAAGCUACAUUCAGUUCAUUACCCAUUAUCAACACUCGAGUGGUACAUACAGAGUUAGAGUCACAACUGUGUCCAACUAUUUAACCAGUGACGAACAAUCUUUGACCAACUCCUUUGACCAAGAAGCGGCAGCAGUAAUAAUGGCCAGAGUCACGCUAUUCAAAUCGGAACAAGACGAUGGAGCAGAUGUUCUUAGAUGGGUUGAUCGUAUGCUUAUUAGAUUAUGUCAAAAAUUUGCCGAUUACCGUAAAGACCAAGAAGAAAGUUUUAGAUUGGGUCCCCAAUUCCAGUUGUACCCCCAAUUCAUUUAUUAUUUGAGAAGAUCACAAUUUUUACAAGUUUUCAAUAAUUCACCCGAUGAAACUGCCUUUUAUAGACAUGUUUUGUUAACUGAAGAUACUAAUAAUUCGUUGAUCAUGAUUCAACCCACAUUAACCUCAUUCACAUUAGAUGGUGAGCCAGAAGCAGUAUUAUUGGAUUCAGUCUCGAUCAAGGAUGAUAGAAUCUUAUUAUUAGAUACCUUUUUCCAUAUAUUGAUUUUUCAUGGUAAAACAAUCUCAGCUUGGAGAAAAGCAAAUUACCAAGAUCAAGAAGAGUAUGCCAAUUUCAAACAGUUGCUUGAUGAGCCAAAACAAGAAGCAGCAGAGUUGUUGGCCGAUAGGUACCCCUUGCCUAGAUUUAUUGAUACCGAAGAAGGCGGUUCCCAAGCGAGAUUCUUGUAUUCAAAAUUGAAUCCUAGUGUUACUUAUAAUACAAAUGAGAUGAUUGGAGCACCAGGAAUGGGAGGUGCUGGUGGCGCCAUCGUCUUAACCGACGAUGUCAGUUUACAAGUAUUCAUGAGUCAUUUACAAAAAUUGGUUGUCAGCGGAUCAAGUUAA